CGGUGGGAAAUAAUUUCUGGAAAUUUUCGGCGUAGCGAUCAGAAGCGAAAUCCGUCCAUCAAUGAGAUAUUCGAGGCUUCUGUGCAGUAUGGGAAGAACGGGCUUGAGGGAGACGACGGGCAAGGCGGCGGAAUCCACGAAUCACGGCAAAAUUGGCCGGUACCUAAGCUUCACGGCGUACAGAGAUUGGUGUUACCGUUACUUCUUCGCGUUUUCCGGCCUCCGAUCCGUCGAGACCGAUUUCGGCGACGGGACGAAGAUGCAUUGCUGGAUCCCCAAGGCCCGGAAGGAAUCCAAGCCGAACCUCCUCCUCUUGCACGGCUUCGGAGCCAACGCGAUGUGGCAGUACGGCGACGUCCUCCGCCACUUCAUCCCCCGGUUCAACGUCUACGUUCCGGAUCUGCUCUUCUUCGGCGGAUCCUCCACCACGCGGCCGGAGAGGACGGAGGAGUUCCAGGCGGCGUGCGUGAAGAGAUUGAUGGAGGCGAAUGGGGUGGAGAGGAUGAGCCUGGUGGGGAUCAGCUACGGCGGAUUUGUAGGGUACAGCAUCGCGGCGCAAUUUCCGGAGGCGGUUGAGAGGGUGGUUCUGUGCUGCGCUGGGGUUUGUUUGGAGGAGAAGGAUAUGGAGGACGGGCUGUUUCAGGUGGCGAAUUUGGAUGAGGCUGCCGACAUUCUGCUGCCGCAGACGCCUGAGAAGCUCAGGGAAUUGAUGCGCUUCUCCUUCGUUAAGCCGGUCAAAGUUGUCCCCACAUACUUCCUCACAGAUUUCAUUGAUGUGAUGUGUACUGAUUUUGUAGAAGAGAAAAGACAGCUUAUCCAUGCCAUUCUUCAAGGCAGACAGCUCUCUAAUCUUCCCAAGAUCACACAGAGGACAUUGAUAAUAUGGGGAGAGCAGGACAGGAUCUUUCCACUGGAAUUGGGCUAUAGGCUUCAAAGGCACAUUGGAGAAACGGCCGAAAUAGUAGUAAUAAAGAAUGCUGGGCAUGCUGUUAACCUGGAGAAGACAAAUGAGAUUGUCAAACACUUGAAGGCAUUUCUCUUUGAUUCAUUGUCUCCUUCACAAUGAUGAUUAAAUUAAACCCAAUACCUAUAACGGUAUAACCUUUUCUAAAUUUUGUUGUAUUCUCUUGAUCCUGUAACUGAGUGUGAUUCAUCAUACAAAAUGGUCAUAAACUGAGUUAUCUAUUUAUGUAUUCAUGGCAUUGAUAUUCAAUGGCGAUAAAUAUGAAAUGCCAUU